ACGUCGCAUCACGGAACAAGGAAGCGACGCUCCCCUCCGCCGCGACGCUGAUGUCUCCAUGUGCGACGUUCGGCUCGAGCCGCGCUGGUUGAUGUCUCUCGUCGCGGCCGACGGAGCGCGCCGACGGUGACCGGCUCCGCAGCGCUCCUCGUCACGCCGAGGUCCGCCCCGACUCCCGACGUGGAAGACGAGGCGCUGCUGCUGCCGCCCCCGGUGUCGGGGAGGCCGCGGCCCGGCCGGGACAUGCGGAAGGCGACCGUCCUGGCGGGCGGCGCGGGGCUGUGCGGGGCCCUGGCCUCGGCCUCGGCCAAGUUGGCGGUCGGGGCCCGGCUCCUGCACGCCGCCUGCCUGCGCCUGGGCGCCCGCCUCGGCCUGGCGGACAGCGCGCUCACCUGCUCCUCGGUGGCCCUGCUGGUGAGGGCCGUCACGUUUGGCAUCACGCUGCUUCUCAACGCUGCAAUGUGGACCCUGUUCGUGAAGUCCCUGCAGUUCUCCUCCUCGAGUGUGCAGGCCACGCUCACCAGCACGGCCUCCAACUUCCUCUGCUCCGCCGUCCUGGGUAGCGUGCUGUUUGGAGAGCCUCUGGCGGGGCUGUGGUGGCUCGGGAUGUCGCUCACGAUGGCCGGUCUCGCGCUGGUGCACUCGGCCAAGCCGGAGGGGACGAAGCGGGCAGCGCCCGUGGCCACGCAGAGAACGAUGCCGGGGCCCACGGCGAGGACCUCGCCGGGGCCACCGCCGGGGAUGGCACCAGGGGUCGGACUUGGAGCGAAUCCCGGGGUGGUGGCGCGAGAUGGGGACAAGAACCACAAACGUCAAUAAUAUCUCUUUUCCACUGUACACCCGAGUCGCUCUGCAGCUAUGUUGAGCAUGGCUCAGGAGGCACUAGGUUGUUUUUAAACUGCGUAAGCCAAGCCGUGCCGCUGAAGUCACACUCAAUGAGAGGGGGUGCGCGUGUAGACGACACGGUAGUGACGUUGUGUUAUCAAUGUCUUGACUGACAUCGGACGCAUUGGAAGAGUCAACAGACCCGUCCCUGGCUCUGCUUGGUCCCUAGGCAUCCGCUGUCGAGUGUGCACGUGGUUCAACUGCUUUCGGGCCCAGGCACUGGGACUAUCAAGAGGAAGGAAAUUGCACAGGGUGCUGUCACAUUUGAUUCCUUGCACCAAGGCCCAUGCCAACCACACUACACCACUGCAUCAUCACCUCUGUAAUGUGAAAUUCAAAACACGUGUGCAGAUGUUGAGUGCAAAGAUCUAAUGCUAUGUGUUACAUGAAAAAUGCAGUUUAAAUUACUGUACAGAAAUUAUUGUAAAACGAUUGCAGCAAAGGGGAAUUAAAUAUUUUAAAAAUAUUAAAUCUUGAAAACAGUCAAACAGAGACUUAAUGGAAACAACUUUCUGGUGCAUCCAGAUGUACACAUCCCUCUACCAAGGUCAAGAGGUCAUUGUCCCCGUAGCCACUGAUGCCUCCACACUCAUUCCCUCGGCUGUUGCAUAUUUGAAACCUAACCUCCAAUGGAUUUCUCCUUAAAGUAUCACAUCAUCUGAAUUUUUGUCUUCCCCUUGGUCGCCAACCUCUGAGUGCCACUCCAAUGCCCGUUUGCGUAACCUCCCGUCUAUAAUACGUGUCCCCCAUACAGUUUUACCUCCCCUUGGUAAUCAUGUAUUGUGAGAUUCUGAAAUAAAAAAUAUACUUAC